UGUCUGUGGGAGAGGGAGUUUCUCCCCUCAUUGGUUUAUUACUUGCUCCAUCUAAAUUACCAUUGGACAAUGAAUCCCGUCACCAUUGGGAUUAUGGAUGUGCUGUUUGUUUGUGAUGUCAACAUGGAGAGAGAUGACAAUCAAGAAAAGGGAGAGAUGGAGGAGAUAAAGAGUUGUGAGAAUCCAUCCUCUGACUGCACACUGUCAACUGGUUCUGCUGAUCUCACUCCUGCUCUGCCCUCUGAAAAUCACACAGUUCCUGAGCCUGCUGGGCCAGUGGGAGGAGACAAUGACACCAAUGUGACUUUAGAGGAGCCUAAGAAUCCACCUCCAUCAGAUACUAUGGGUGAGGAGGGGACCCAGGAACUAGAACCGGCCCCUGACCAGGAACUAGAACCGGCCCCUGACCAGGAACUAGAACCGCCCCCUGACCAGGAACUAGAACCGGCCCCUGACCAGGUAAAAGAUGAAGAGACUGAUGAGUGCAAUAAGACAGAAUAUCAGAACAGUUCAGGUGGUCAACCAGAGACUGUGCCAGAAGAGGCUUCAUCUUCAGCUGAAAAUGUGCAGUACGACUCAGGGGAGUUUGUGGUCACUAUGUUGGCCAGAGGUAAACUGGAGGAACAAGGUAUGGGAGUGAAGGGGAUGUCCUCUCCACUGUCAGAGACUGGCGCCCCAGAGGCCCCCCCAUCCCACCGUGAUGAAGACGUGAUGGCUGAGAGCUGGAGGCAGCACAGGAAGCAUGUGUUUGUCCUGAGUGAGGCAGGGAAACCAAUCUACUCCCGCUACGGCAGUGAAGAGGCCCUGUCGUCCACCAUGGGAGUCAUGAUGGCACUGGUGUCCUUUGUCCAGAGUAGUGACAACAUGAUCCGCUCUGUCUACUCAGACGGGCACACGGUGGUGUUCAUGCAGAAGGGUCCUCUGGUGCUGGUGUCUGUGUCAAGCAGCCGUCAGUCAGAGCAGCAGCUGCGUGCUGAGCUGCUGUACGUCUACUACCAGAUCAUCAGCAUGCUCACCCAGGCCAGCAUCACACGCAUCUUCGAACACAAGAAGAACUAUGACCUGCGGCGACUYCUGGCCGGCUCCGAGAAGAUCCUYGARGGCCUCCUCAACCUGGUGGACUCYGACCCCAGCUUCCUGCUGGCAGCGGUGCACUGCCUGCCKRUGYRKUCCUCUCUCAGGGACUCCCUCAGCCAGAUCCUYCAGAAGGCCAUCACCCCKAACCUGGUKUUCUCCAUCCUCAURGCCAAGAACCAGCUGCUCACCAURGUCCAGGAGAAGACGGUGAURGAGGACYCCAGGCUGGAGCCUYCUGACGUCCACCUSCUGCUCAACCUCAUUGGGGCCUCCUCUGCCUUCCAGGCUGGAGAGAUCUGGACUCCCAUCUGCCUGCCUCUCUUUAACCCUGACUGUUACUUCUAUGCCUACAUCUCCUACCUGGACCCCCCAGAAUGCACUGUGUGUCUGCUGCUGCUCUCCACGGAUAAGGAGGCCUUUUAUGCGGUGGCAGAGUGUAAGAGGAGGAUAGAGGUGGCCAUGCUGGCUCAGAGCUCCCUGAGCCUCAUAGCCAAGGCCCACUCCUACAGCGUGAGCCAGGUGGGCGUCUCAGACCUCAGGCACUUCAUGUACAAGCCCUUUGACGUGCCAGACAACCACAAGCAGCUCACCCAGUUCACCAGCCCAGAGAUGGAGGCUCCCUACAGCACGGAGGAGGAGAGGAUGCGGCUGCUGGACCUGUACCGUUACAUGCACGGUCGCAUCCACAGCUCCUCCCGGCCCCUCAAGCUCAUCUACCACGUGGCAGAGAGGGAAACCCUGCUGGCCUGGGUCACAAGUAAAUUUGAGUUGUACACUUGCUUCAGCCCCUUGGUGACUAAGGCCCGUGCCAUUAACGCAAUAACCAAGCUUCUACGUUGGAUCAAGAAGGAGGAGGACCGUCUCUUUAUUCGAUACCCACCCAAGUAUUCAACCACCCCCAACCCCAGCAAAAGCUCCCGCAAGUCUGACCAGCAGGAUUCCACAGAUAAUGGCUUUGCGUCUCUACUAUAGAGCUGGCUAGCCCUGGCUAUUCCUCUCUGUCAACAUAGUUUAUACACUGGUUCUACUAGAAGAGGUGUUUGGCACUGACCACAUCCUACAUCUUUAUGGACUUCAUUGAACUUUGACCACUGGACUAUUGAAGGAUGACUUGCCUUCUUGAAACUGACUCUAGUAUUAUUUCUGUACCUUUAUAAGAAAGCAUGUUCAGUGUUAGUGCUUUUAGGUUACAACUUGGUCAGGAAAACUGUAAGGAGAAAGCAAACAUUUUAAAAUUGGCUAGUGGUGGAACUUUCAAUAAUAUCGAAUUGUUUUUAUAUUGUUUUAUUCUAUUGUGACAAAGGUGAGAACUCUUCUCGAAGGCAUAAUAUCUGACUCAUUACAUACAACUAUUGCAAUUCAAGCUUUUGUGGUCAUUGACACUGUAGCACAUUACAAAAAUGAAAGGAAGGACUACCUAGAACUACUCCUGAAUUUCUUUUCAACUGCCUUGCCAUCAUACUUAUUGCUAGAAACCUUAAUGUUGACCGGAUGACAAAUAGGAAAUUAAUAUAAAAAAGUUUGGUUAUUGGUGGGAUAAACAGAAAAUGUAAAUGUAUCAAAGUCUUAUUUUGAAAUCGCAUCCUCUAGACAACUGGAAUUGGAAGGAUUACCACUCUUGUAUGUGUCUGGAUAGUCCAUGACAUGACCUCUACAUGUUCAUUGUUCUCAGUUGAUACAAUUGUUUGACUGGCAUGUUGUCUUUGCAAUUUAGAUUGUAAAUAGUGUCGGUGUUCAUACUUUAAUUAUGCUCUGGUAAUAAACAUUCAGUUACAUUUUC